UAAUGAAAACGUGACUUCUGACAGUUGUAGAAAAGCGGUUGCUGCCAUUGUAGUGAUAAUUGCGCUAAUUAAUUCUCUGGUGAAAUGCGUUUCUGGCCUACAAAAAACUACAAUGUUUAUAGUUUUACCUGAUACGAACUCUGUAUAGCUAUUAAAACACAGCUUGUGAAGACAACAAAGAAUCGACUGGAGGUCACAGGGAUAUUGAUAGAGAAUGUGGCAUCAUUAGGCAUUUAAAAGAUGUUUUGGGAAAUAUCAAGGGCUGUGCUGCAGUACAGCAGACGGAGCUGCUGUCUAAAAAGGCAUUACAGCUUUCUGCCAGAUGACGUCAAGUCACUGCGGUCUGUGGUCAACCCUGAUGUGUCCAAGAUCCGCAACAUUGGCAUCAUGGCCCACAUUGACGCGGGCAAGACCACCACCACAGAGAGGAUGCUGUAUUACUCCGGCUAUACCAGAGCACUGGGAGACGUGGACGAUGGAGACACAGUGACCGACUUCAUGGCUCAAGAACGCGAGCGUGGAAUCACCAUCCAGUCUGCGGCGGUUACGUUUGACUGGAAAGGCCACAGAAUCAACCUGAUAGACACCCCAGGUCACAUGGACUUCACUCUGGAGGUAGAGCGGGCUCUUCGUGUUCUUGAUGGGGCUGUGGCAGUGUUUGAUGCAUCUGCAGGUGUUGAGGCCCAGACUUUGACUGUGUGGAGGCAAGCAGAGAAGCAUCAUGUUCCGUGUGUGUGUUUCCUCAAUAAGAUGGACAAACCUGCAGCCAACCUGAGCUUUUCCAUGGAGAGCAUCAGACAGAAACUGAAAGCCAAUCCAGUCCUCCUUCAGAUUCCAAUUGGCAGAGGCAAGAAUUUUUCCGGUGUGGUUGACUUGUUGACCAAUCAGAGGCUGACGUGGAAGAUGAACGAGCGGGAAGAUGACGGACGCGUUUUUGUCGCCAAGCCUCUCAGUGACGUGAAGGAACCGGAGCUCGUGGAGGAAGUCCGCCAGGCCAGGACAGCUUUAAUUGAGCAGGUCGCAGAUCUGGAUGAUGAUUUUGCAGAGCUGCUGCUGACGGACUUCGGUGACAACUUUGAUGCGGUUCCUUCAAUAAAACUCCAAGAGGCACUGCGGCGGAUCACUUUGGCCCGUAAAGGAGUCCCGGUGUUCUGUGGCAGCUCUUUGCGCAACAAAGGGGUUCAGCCCCUCCUGGACGCCAUCGCUGCCUUCCUGCCCGCCCCCGACGAGAGGCCCCACGACCUUGUGCGCUGGUACAAGGACGACUUGUGCGCUCUGGCCUUCAAGGUUCUCCACGACAAGCAGCGCGGCCCUCUGGUCUUCCUGCGCAUCUACUCGGGCACGCUGAAAGCACAAACGGCGCUCCACAACAUCAACAGGAACAGCACCGAGAGGAUGAGCAGACUUCUGGUGCCCUUUGCUGACCAACACGUAGAGAUCACCUCCAUGACGGCAGGAAACAUUGCCCUGACUGUUGGGCUGAAGCAGACCGUAACAGGAGACACCAUCGUCUCAUCGAAAGCAUCUGCUGCAGCCGCCGCCCGUCGGGCGCAUAAUGAGGGCAAAACAAGCAAGGGGCGUGGCCAACAAACCAGUGUGGUCCUUUCAGGGGUGGAAGUCCCCGAUCCGGUCUUCUUCUGCACCAUUGAACCGCCCACCAUGGCCAAACAGGCCGAUCUUGAGAAUGCACUGAACAACCUCCAGAGAGAAGACCCCAGUCUCAAAGUCAGACUCGACCCGGAUUCUGGACAGACUAUCUUGUGCGGAAUGGGAGAGCUGCACAUCGAGAUAAUCCACGAUCGCAUCAGACGGGAGUACGGCAUCGAGACUCACCUGGGCCCUCUCCAGGUCGCAUACAGGGAGACGAUUCUCCAUGAAGCUUCUGCUUCAGACACACUGGACCGCACCAUCGGGGAGAGGAGACACGUGGUGACGGUGGAGCUGCUCGUCCAACCAGGUGAAUAUUCUUCUCAAGUGGCGUUUGCGGAGGAAGCUGCCGGGACAUUGUCAGACAGCGUGAGAGAGGCGGUGGAGAACGGAGUGCACAGCUCGUAUCUCCAAGGUCCACUGCUGGGCUACCCUGUACAGGGCGUGUCCACCCUGAUCCAAAGCGUCAACACAGAACCGGGAACGUCUCCAGCCAUGGUCUCUGCCUGCGUGUCCCGUUGCAUGCUAAAGGCUCUGAGGCUCGCUGGAGGACAGCUGAUGGAGCCUGUCAUGUCCUUGGAGGUGACAGUGGAGGAGGAAUAUCUCGGCACCGUGUUGGGCGAUCUUGCCCAGAGACGAGGGACGGUCAGGGAUAUCCAGAGUCGUCAUGACAACAAGGUGCUGCUGGCCAGCGUGCCUUUGGCAGAAACUCGGGGCUAUUCCACCAUCCUGCGAACGCUGACCUCGGGGAAGGCCACCUUCUCCUUGGAACUGGACACCUACGAGGCCAUGAGCACACAGGACCAGAACGUACUCCUAAAACGCACGGCUGGUUUGCUGUAACCACAUAAGUACAAGAAAUGUGACGUGGCUCACAUGUCAGCUUUUGUAUUCACAAUCACUUUUACAAACAUUACAAAAAGUGCAUUGAUCAGAGCAUUUGGAGUAUUAGGAUGCAGUUUCACAUUUGAUUUCUUCAUUUUCAAGCAUUUCCCUCUUCCGCCUCUUCACGCCACCAGUCCUCAGAUUCCCUUAUACUCGUAAGGGCAGUAGCUGGAAAACAGCGGCUCAGCGGGGAUGCCGCGCCUUAGAUGACAAAACAUCAACGGUUUACAUGUGCGUCCUUCUGAAGGAGGACGCGUGCUCGGAUGUUACUCACUCGACCAUGCGACAACGGUGCGAGGACAGUCUGCUGUAGGCAUCGUUGAUGUCUGUCACGGUCUUGGCGCUCCACAGACGCUCGGCUACAGCGCUGGCGCGGGGCCUGCAGACCAUCACGGUCAUGGAAAUGAUCACGUUUGUAUGAGCAGAACUAUUUGUUUUCUUCAUCAUGGAGAAUAUGAUCACUUUAACCGAUUUUACUACUUGAUCAUAAAUCUCCGCCUUUCUGAGGAAAUAUGUCCAACAUCUCACCAGAGUCUGGGCGUGAGGUUGGUGGCGUCCACAUACUCCCCCCACAAGCAGGCUUCUCCACCGAUCACAAGCUUCUUCUGUUCAUCGGUUCCUGUUUUGGAACGGAAGCACAGUCGGGAUUGUGUCUUCAUGAUGAUUAUGAUGCAAUCAAAUGUUUUUUUGCUGGAAGAGGUUCAACAGGCUUACACUUAACUUGCACGGGAGCGAUCCUAAGGUUUUGUGUCCGUGUGGUGGAGUUUUGAUACAAUAAGAGCCGAGCCAAGUCAUUCAUGGCCUCUUUAAAGCUAAGCUGUGGAAGCUGUGUCUGACAAAAGAACCGCAGUGGAACCUGUCAUUGAAGGCAUCAUGAAGACUUACAGCCACCCUCAAACAACACUCGUUUUGCCUCUUUCUUGUCCUACAAUUUGCCGCAUUUAUUAUUUAUUAUUAUUUAGGACUUGUGCACCGUUUAUGCAUAAAUUACGUACUUGGCACGCAAUUUGCAACCAAAAAAUGGUGCACAUUGGCAUGAAAUAUUAUAGUAUUUAGGCCUGGUGUAUUGUUCCCUCAUGGGUAUGUGUUGCCUCCACCACUUCCCCGCAUCCGUGAAGUAGUCCUGGUAUUACUUGGUCCCGUGUGAUGCCAUGCAACAGCAGGCAUCACCCCCACAGCUUCAUGAAUUCCUCUAUUUGCAAGGGACCUACGUGUAUUGGAACUCCAGAGAAGAAGCCUCUAUUUUCUGCGUAUACAAAAUGUACAAAGAGCAGAAAGAGGGAAUUGCUGACGAGAAGACCUCGCUUUGGGCAUUAACAAACAUUUGAAAAAUAUUCUUUACGCAGCCAACACAAACGCCACACCACCAGUUUACUCAUGGCCACGUUACUGUGGUGACAAAGUACGUCGUAAACGAGCGUUAUGUCCUAAGGGAAAGAAUCAGGGUGUGUUGGACCCUAGAGGUGUCCACUGUACUUUAGCGCUCAUGCAGACACCAACCCUGGAAGUCCUGGGGGUCGGCCUUGUAAUGGCCCUGCCAGUCCUGGCCGUAGGCGAUACGGUUCAGGUACCAGGGGGUGGAGAGUAGGGCCUGGUACCCCGAUGACGUGACUUUUGCCAUCUCAUUCUGGUAUUGCUGCUGGGUCCCUUUCCACACAUGGAUGAGUGUGUCUGCUUUCAGCUACACAACACACACACACACAGAAGGAAAGCAACGUUGUCAUUCAAAUGAGCCUUGCCUUCGCCAUGUUUGCCCUUUCCUCUUGUCUUUGCGUGCACUUUUAAGCGUAAGCCUGUUGAGAAGUAAGUAAACACAACGCCUGACUGACCGUUGAAGUUGAGUGGUUCGACCAUGUAGUACUUCUGCCAGUCCUGGGCGUAGCUAAUGUAAUCUAGGUACCAGGGGGCAGAGAGGAUGGUGGUGUACCCGGCUGCCGUCACAUUGUGCAUUUCCUCGUCGGCCCCGCCACCCAUCCACACGUGCACGACGGUGUCAGGGUUCAGCUGUAACGGUUAAGCUGCUGUGUUUAGGUUGCGCUCACUGGUGUACAAACAACAACAAACUUUGUAGAGUUUGUUGAAGAGAGUGAAACUUGGGAAAGAUAGGACCGCCAGAUUCAAAAUAAAAUAGUUGAGAUUUUUGCUGAAGUUGCAAAAGACAAAUUGUUAACUGCUUUGGUCUUUAAAUGUUCCUUAAAUGCGUUGUUUUCUGUGGAUGUUUAGCACAGAAUAUGACGUCAUGUGGAGGAUGGACUGCAGCACCCCCUGCUGGUGAGGUCUGUAACUGCAGGUCACGUAACUGUGGCCAAACAACCCAACAGCAAAAUGAAAACAUAUGAAGUAAAAAUAUUAAGAGAAAAUAGUUGGAAUCUACGUAGUCAUUUUACAAGAAUAAUGUACUAUUAUGAUAAAGUUGAAUAAAGUUGAAAUAUUAAAGAAAUAAAAAGUAAUAACAUAAAAAGAAACAAAACAACAAAUAAAGUAGUCAUUUUGGGGGAAAUUAGCUUGCGGAAAAAGUUAAGUUACAAGCAUGAAGUGAAAUAAACAAAUAAAUAAAUAAUUAUAGACGUAGGAAAGUUGAAAUAGUUGGAUGAUAAAAAAAAUCAG